UCUCGUUCUGUGUGAAGACAACUCAGAAUUGAAGUUUGCUGCAGCGCAGUGUAAACAUCUGGACCAAUUGCUUUCCCCGCAAUUCCCUACCCCAGCUACCCCUCACAGCCAUGUCCUUGAGUGCACGAACUGCUUCACGCGCUCUGCGCGCGGCGAAGCCUUCGGCAGCGCGCCCCUUUGCCUCUGUACAAGCAUGCAGCUACUCUUCUUCCUCUGAGCCAGAUCUCAAGGAGACUUUCAAGAAAGUUCUGCCUGCGAAGCGCGAACUGCUCAAGAAGGUUAAGGCGCAGGCCGACAAGAAGCUCGGCGAUGUCAAGGUUGAGAAUGCGCUUGGUGGAAUGAGAGGCCUGAAGGCUAUGGUCUGGGAGGGAUCCGUUCUCGACGCCAACGAGGGUAUCCGCUUCCAUGGCAAGACCAUCAAGGACUGCCAAAAGGAGCUUCCCAAGGGCACUUCCGGCACUGAAAUGCUUCCCGAGGCUAUGUUCUGGCUGCUUCUCACAGGAGAGGUUCCUUCCGUAUCCCAGACUCGCGUUCUCUCUCGUGAGCUUGCUGAGAAGGCUGGCAUCCCCAAAUUCGUCGAGAAGAUGCUCGACGACUUCCCCAAGGACCUCCACCCGAUGACACAAUUCGCAUGCGCCGUCUCAGCAUUGAACUAUGAGUCGAAGUUCGCAAAGGCGUACGAGAAGGGCAUCAACAAGGCUGAUUACUGGGAGCCGACUUUCGACGACAGCAUCAGCUUGCUCGCAAAGCUGCCAACCAUCGCUGCAAAGAUCUACCAGAACGCGUACCGCGGUGGAGGUGCCCUCCCAGCCCAGGUCGACCUGGAGCAAGAUUGGGCGUACAACUUCGCUGCCAUGCUGGGCAAGUCCGGCAAGGAGAACGAGGGCUUCCAAGAUCUCCUCCGCCUGUACCUUGCUCUGCACGGUGACCACGAGGGUGGUAACGUCUCUGCACACACCACUCACUUGGUCGGAUCCGCGCUCAGUGACCCCUUCCUCAGCUACAGUGCCGGUCUGCAGGGUCUUGCUGGUCCUCUCCACGGUCUAGCUGCCCAGGAAGUGCUCCGCUUUAUCAUCGACAUGCAGAAGACUGUCGGUACAAAGUUCUCUGACAAGGAUGUCACCGACUUCCUCUGGAGCGUCCUCAAGUCUGGUCGUGUCAUUCCCGGUUACGGCCACGCUGUGCUGAGGAAGCCUGACCCGCGUUUCGAGGCUUUGAUGGACUUCGCCAAUGCUCGACCCGACAUUGCGGCGAACCCCGUCUACCAGCUCGUCAAGAAGAACUCUGAAGUCGCUCCUGGUGUGCUUACUGAGCACGGAAAGACUAAGAACCCCUACCCCAACGUCGACUCCUCUUCUGGUGUCCUAUUCCACCACUACGGAUUCACAGAGACUCUGUACUACACUGCGACAUUCGGUGUCAGCCGUGGUCUCGGCCCUCUUGCACAACUCAUCUGGGACCGAGCACUGGGUCUGCCCAUUGAGCGCCCCAAGUCCAUCAACCUCCAGGGCAUCCUUGACCAGGUAGGCGCAUAGAGGAAACAGCAAGCAAAACGAGCAUGCCGAAACGAACGUCUUAUAGAUAUGAUGCAGAUCCAAUGAAGAAUGAAAUGUGAUUUCGAAGU